AUGGAUUUUAAGAGUCCUCCCAUGUCACUGCCUGUUGACAAGAGAUCAACAGCUGUCCAAAAAUCCAAUCCAACCAGCAGAACUGAUGAAGCGUUUCAUUCAGAAUCAGAAUCAGAAUUUGAAUCUGAUUACCCCUCUUCCAAACCCCUCCCAAAGUCUGCUGUGAAACAUCCUGCAGAGACGGAACAAAAUGAGAUACUGGAGCCGCAGAGGAAGAAGAAAAAGGUUGACAAUGGCCAUCAAGAGAAUGGAUUUGUCGAAGAGAAGAUUUAUGUUUUUAGUAGGUUCUGGAGCGAGGAAGAUGAAAUUGCAAUCUUGAAGGGAAUGAUUGAAUACAAAUCAAGUAAAGGGGAUUACCCAUACACAGAUAUGGGUGCCUUUCAUGACUUUAUCAAAAAGUCUCUUUAUAUCAAUCCAUCGAGGAAGCAAUUAACAGAUAAGAUUAGUAGGUUUGAGUAA